CUCAAAAUUUAUGUUUGGUAAUUUUGGAAGUUAUGGGCUAAAUUUUGAAAGGCAAGGACUUUAAAGUCAAAAUACGCUUAAGGCAGGGAUUUUGUUGUGCAAAAUAGUUAAUUAUUAUUAUUUUAAUUGGCACUGCAAAAAGAAGCUCAAUAAAAUAAAAACGUGAAUGCAAGGACGAUCAAUUUCUUAAGAGGUGGCGGUAAUUUUGUGUGUAAAGACAUACAAUUGUAAUCUGUGUGUGGAAGAAGUAAAGCCGUCGAAAAUGGGGAUCAGAUUCAUCUUGAUGGUCAACAAGCAGGGCCAGACUCGCCUUGCCCAGUACUACGAGUAUCUCACCCUCGAAGAAAGGCGUGCUCUUGAGGGUGAAAUCGUCCGCAAAUGUCUCGCCCGCACCGAGCAACAGUGUUCAUUUGUUGAGCAUAGGAACUACAAAAUUAUAUACAGACGAUAUGCCUCGCUGUUUUUCCUUGUUGGUGUUGACAAUGAUGAAAAUGAACUUGCAAUUUUGGAAUUCAUUCAUCUAUUAGUUGAAACCAUGGACCGUCAUUUUGGCAAUGUGUGUGAGUUAGACAUCAUGUUCCACUUGGAGAAAGCCCAUUUCAUGCUUGAGGAAAUGGUAAUGAAUGGGUGUGUGGUGGAAACAAGCAAGAGUAACAUUUUAGCUCCAAUACAACUGAUGGACAAGACAUAUUAAAGAGUUUCCAGAUGGGCUUCCAGGGUUUGGUCUGAGGUUAUCAAUGGAAUUGUUGACUUUAUUGUUAAUACUUGUGCAAUUAAGUUAAGAGCAUAAAAUUCAAUCCCUAUUUGUAAAAACUAAUGUUUGAUCACAUGAAAUGGGGCAUAUGAGAUUGUUUGGAA